CCAGGGCUUGGAAGGAGGAAGUGCAGGUAGUAGUCCAGCCGGUGCCCUGUCUGCUCUGGGUACGUUCGGGCGGAUGUGGACAUGUCUCAAUUAAUACUCACUUUAGCUGUCCUGCACGGGCUCGUAUUCUGUGCGGCGGAUCAGUCAAAGAGCAACGCGACUUCCAAGCUACUUCUGGUGUCUUUUGAUGGCUUCAGGGCGGAUUACUUGACCAAAUACCCCCUGCCUAACCUCAGGGGGUUUAUGGAAGACGGAGUCCUAGUGGAAGAGGUGAAAAACGUGUUUAUCACCAAAACUCUCCCCAAUCAUUACUCGAUUGUGACCGGCCUGUACGCCGAGAGCCACGGGAUCGUGUCCAACGUCAUGUAUGAUUCGGAAACCCGGCGGGUCUUUAACGUGUCCAGCUACAGAGAGUCCUUCUGGUGGGAGGAAGCAACUCCCAUUUGGGUGACAAACCAACUCCAUGGCUACCGAAGCGGGGGCGCCAUGUGGCCCGGCUCGGACGUGCGCAUUCAUAAUUCCACCCCCACGUACUAUCUGGACUACGACCGCGACGUGAGCUUCGCUCAGAGGGUGGAUAACGUCACCGGCUGGUUUACCAGACCCGACGAUCCCAUCAACUUCGCAGCCCUUUACUACGAGGAGCCCGACCGCGGCGGCCACCGCUACGGACCCGACGACUACGCAAACAUGUCGGAGGUGAUGAGCGCGGUGGACGAAAACGUCGGCUACUUAGUGAAAAAGCUGAAGGAGCUGAAGCUCUGGGACACGAUCAACGUGAUCAUUACCAGCGACCACGGGAUGGCUCAGUGCUCCGAGAAGAGGCUCAUCAGACUGGACGCGUGCGUCGGCCCUGGAAACUACACCCUGGUCGAAGCAAGCGCCAUCGGAGCGAUAUUUCCUAUCGGAGACGCGGACUAUGUUUAUAAACUGUUAAAAAACUGCCAUAAAAAUCUGAAGGUUUACAUGAAAGAGGAUAUUCCUGAGCGUUAUCACUACAAGCACAACAGCCGCAUCCCACCCAUCCUCCUGGUGGCAGACGAGGGCUGGUUUAUCGUGCAGAACGGAUCGCUGCCCACACUGGGAAAUCACGGUUACGACAACAGCCUUCCCAGCAUGCAUCCCUUCCUGGCUGCCCGGGGCCCGGCCUUCCAGAAGAAUUCCAAAAUAAACACCAUAAACAGCGUGGACAUCUAUCCCAUGAUGUGCCGCAUCCUCGGGUUACCGGCGGAAGCCAACAACGGCUCUCUGUCCAGCACCAGGUGCCUGCUGGCCGGCGAGUGGUGCGUCCGCGUCCCGGAGGCCGUCGGGAUCGUCCUGGGAGCGGUGAUGGUUCUCACCACCCUGACGUGCCUCAUAAUCCUGCUGAGGAAGAAGACGCCGUCCCCGCGCCAGUUCUCAAGGCUGCAGUUUGACGAUGACGACGACCCGUUAAUAGGGUAGAUGAAACAUGCGCAAAGCACCACAAAGCACUCCUUUGAUCGAGGUGGGAAUCCUGACGCAGUGACAGCCAAUGAGAGAUCCAACGCGGGAUUUUAACUUUAUUUUACUUGUCGAUUUCAAUGUUUCUUUCUAAUGUUUUCCUUAAAGCCCCCUUUUUAUUAUCUUCAAAGGGUGGCCUUCAGCUUUACCUAUUUAUUGGAGAAGCAGCUCGGGGUGAUGUGCACACGUCGAUCGUGCAUGUUCUCCGCUGCUUCUUCCCGAUGGAAAGCUCUGCUGAUGUUGAGCUUGGCUU